GAUCACACUUUUUAUUUCCCAGUAAACAAUUAGCGGAGUGCAAGUAUGUGCAGUUUAAGGAUUUAUUGUGUUUUGUUAACAACGAUUACCCUGUGCUUGGCUUCUGCAGAAACUGCAGACCCGGAAGACAAGUGCCCUGCAGAUGUUGCUCCCAGACAAUGCCGUCUUCGUGAAUCCUUAUACGAAUACCACCUUUGGAACUAUUUUGCAGGGUUUUACUGCUACAAUUAUACCAACGACGCCAGAUUACUCAAAAGAUACAAAUAUGAGUCGUAUGCGGUGUUGUGCAGAAAUGAACCAAAAACAGUCCCAGUUGCUAUAAUUGAUGAAAAGACAUCUGUAUUCUAUGACUACACGAAUUCCACAGCGAUGCACUAUAUUCAAAGAUCCUUCAAAUCAGAAAUCCUCUUCAAAAACUUUUUAACUUGUUGUCGAGAAGCAGUUGAUUGUUGCAAACAUCAUAUGAAUAAUGACAAUAUCAUGCUGAAUAGUACACACUGCCCUGCCGUUUGGGAUGCCUGGUCCUGCUUUCCACCAACUCCUGUAGGAACAACGGCAAAACUUCCAUGUAGUGGCCAAGCCUAUCAGUCGCCAGAUGCAGUUUGCCGAUUAGAAAGCGAAAAGGAGUGUAUCCAGAAUGGAGAUCAUGCAGACUGGAUAUCUCAAACAAAUUAUCAAACGUGUGCCAUCGCUCCAAUUUAUAGAAGGAGAUAUAAUUUCCACAUAAAGUUCUUGGGAACUUGCGUUGUGUUUUGUAUUCCUGCUAUCGUCAUAUUCCUUGUGUUUGAGAAACUUCGAAAAACCACAAGAGUGGUUCUUCAUCGAAACUUACUGAUAGCAAUAUGCGUGAGGAAUGCGAUGACGAUUAUGUCGAAAGAAAUAGUCCUUAUAGAUGCCUUGAAGACCUCUGCAUACACCCAUCAUAUAAUGGACAAUAAUGGAAUAGGAUGUAGGAUAUUGGCAUUUCUGGAGACCUCUUCAAUAAAUUCAAUAUAUGCCUGCAUGAUCUUAGACGGCUUCUAUCUGCACAAGGUUAUUGUAAGAGCUUUCGCCAAAGAAAUCAAGAUGAAACAUAUUUAUAUAGCAUUAGUAGUGUUGACUUUUUCAUCAAGCAUACCUUGGGCUAUCGCGAUGGCUGCAUUAGAAGCGAAAAAUUGUUGGAUGGUGGAUAUUCAUAAUCUCCAGUGGAUUGUGGAUGGAUACCGAAUAGUUAUUUUGGUAAUCAACACCAUAUUUUUGAUGGACAUAAUCAGAGUUAUGCUCUUGAAAAUGAAACAUGGGGGAACAACGAGACAAACAAUGGCAGCCUUCAGAGCGACAUUGUUUCUCAUUCCUUUGUUUGGCCUCCACAUUCUUAUCACGGCCAAAAAACUUGUUUAUGACGAUUCUUGUGCUGCGGAGGAUCUUUACGAUUAUGCCAGAUAUUCAAUGGAAUCAUUGCAGGGGAUACUCGUCGCCAUUUUGUUUUGUUAUGCCAACAAAGAGGUGAAAAAUGAAUUGAGAAAUGCGUACAGAAAGUUGGCUAUACAUCUGAACCAGAAGUACGGAUGGAAUAUAGGAGAGGAAGCUAUCUAUAACAACAGACGAGCCACCACAGCUACCUACGUGGGCAAAUGAGGUUCACGAAAAAAUAUUUUUCCCGAUGUUAAAGCAAUACCUAAAUAGAAACUUUUGUAAAGACUGUUUCAAAAACAACUCCAGAGUAUGUUUCUGUCGUUUAAAUGACGCUGACUGGUUUUGUUUUCCCGUAUUGAGGGCUCAUAUUUUUUUUCAUAUAAACAAUUUGAUAUGAUCUGAAUUGUACACGGACAUCUGCUAGUUGUGAAAUUUUUCGCCAAGUAUAUUGAUGACAUAAGUUUUCAGUCUGUUUUAAAAUAUAUUGAAUACAGAAA